CGAGCUUUGGAUACCAUGAACUUUGAUGUCAUUAAAGGCAAACCAGUGCGCAUCAUGUGGUCUCAGCGUGAUCCAUCUCUACGCAAAAGUGGUGUAGGAAACAUCUUCAUCAAAAACUUGGACAAAUCAAUUGAUAACAAAGCUUUGUAUGACACAUUUUCUGCUUUUGGAAACAUCCUGUCUUGUAAGGUGGUAUGUGACGAAAAUGGAUCCAAGGGUUAUGGAUUUGUACAUUUUGAGACACAAGAAGCUGCAGAAAGAGCUAUUGAAAAAAUGAAUGGUAUGCUGCUUAAUGACCGCAAAGUAUUUGUUGGAAGGUUUAAAUCACGCAAGGAACGUGAGGCAGAGCUUGGAGCCAGAGCAAAGGAAUUCACCAAUGUUUACAUCAAGAAUUUUGGAGAAGACAUGGACGAUGAGAGACUUAAGGAACUCUUUGGCAAGUUUGGUCCUGCCCUAAGUGUGAAAGUUAUGACCGAUGAGAGUGGAAAAUCCAAAGGCUUCGGCUUCGUUAGUUUUGAAAGACAUGAAGAUGCCCAAAAAGCUGUGGAUGAGAUGAAUGGGAAAGAGCUCAAUGGGAAGCAAAUCUAUGUUGGCCGGGCUCAGAAAAAGGUGGAAAGACAAACGGAGCUGAAGCGCAAGUUCGAACAAAUGAAGCAGGACAGGAUCACCAGAUACCAGGGUGUAAACCUUUAUGUGAAAAAUCUUGAUGAUGGAAUCGAUGAUGAGCGUCUUCGAAAAGAAUUCUCCCCAUUUGGUACAAUCACUAGUGCAAAGGUCAUGAUGGAAGGUGGCCGCAGCAAAGGAUUUGGAUUUGUAUGCUUUUCAUCACCAGAAGAAGCCACCAAAGCUGUCACAGAAAUGAAUGGUAGAAUUGUGGCUACUAAACCAUUAUAUGUAGCUCUAGCCCAGCGUAAAGAAGAGCGCCAAGCUCAUCUCACCAACCAGUAUAUGCAGAGAAUGGCAAGCGUAAGAGCAGUACCCAAUCCUGUAAUCAACCCAUACCAACCAGCACCUCCUUCAGGUUACUUCAUGGCAGCUAUCCCACAGACUCAGAACCGUGCUGCAUACUACCCUACUAAUCAAAUUGCUCAACUUGCUAGACCUAGUCCUCGCUGGACUGCUCAGGGUGCCAGACCUCAUCCAUUCCAAAAUAUGCCUGGUGCUAUCCGCCCAGCAGCACCCAGACCACCAUUUAGUGCCAUGAGACCAGCUUCUUCACAAGUUCCACGAGUCAUGUCAGCACAACGUGUUGCUAAUACAGCGACACAAACAAUGGGUCCACGUCCUGCGGCAGCAGCUACUGCAGCUACUCCUGCUGUACGCACAGUACCACAGUACAAAUACGCUGCAGGUGUUCGUAAUCCUCAGCAGCAUCUUAACACACAGCCCCAGGUUGCCAUGCAGCAGCCUGCUGUCCAUGUGCAAGGUCAGGAACCCUUGACUGCUUCCAUGUUGGCUUCUGCCCCUCCACAAGAACAAAAGCAGAUGUUAGGUGAACGUCUCUUUCCUCUCAUUCAAAGCAUGCACCCUACUUUGGCGGGUAAGAUCACUGGGAUGUUGUUGGAGAUUGACAACUCUGAACUUCUCCACAUGCUCGAGUCUCCUGAGUCUCUUCGUUCGAAGGUUGAUGAAGCUGUAGCCGUACUACAAGCCCACCAAGCUAAAGAGGCUGCUCAAAAGGCAGUUAAUAAUCCCACUGGGGUUCCAAGUGUUUAAUAAGAAGAUCCGGGACUACAAUCUAGAACUUCGCUUCACCGAAGAAAAAAAAUCUAAACAUGGAAAAACUAUUAAAUAUUGAGAAAAACAUUGCAAAAUAUAAAAUAACUAAAAAAAGGAAAGGAAACUUUGAAGCUUAUGUACAGAGCAACGCCGGGGCUAGCAAAACAAGUGCUAGUCCUAGAUUACUUAUUGAUUUAAAAUCUAAAAAAAAUAGUAAAAUAAAAAAUACAAAUUUAAUGUUUUAUAAACCCGGGGGAAAAGAAUUUUCAGCACAGUACAAAAAUUUAAAGCAUUCCUUUCUUUAAUUUUGUAAUUCUUUACUGUGGAAAAGCUCAGAAUAUCACCACUGUUUUAGUUGACAGUGAGAAUUGAUAGCUGAGCAAAGAAACAUAAUUUGGAUUAUAAAAUUCUUGGUUUAAUAAAAAUUCCUUAAACACUGA